AUGCCAAGAAAAAAAGCUAACAGAACUCCCUCAACAACAGUAAGAAGGUCAACUCGUAUUAAACGCGACGAAACCAAAAACGAACAAAUUCCAGAGGAGUCUGUCCAAAAAGAAGUUUUUUCUGAAAAUGAAGAAACUCAGCCUAAACCUUUGCCCAAAAAACGUACAAAGCCUUCCUCACCCGCUUCAAAAAACACACGUGCAAAAAAGGCUCACAUCGAGGUCAAGCAUCAAACAACAAAGGAAAUAAAGGUUACAAAUAAGGAUAAUCAAGAAUCAGGUACUUACAAUAUUGAAGCAAGUAAAGACACGUCACCAAGCAGCGGAAAGAACGUUAUUAAUGUAAUAGAUGACGCGUCAGCAACUGAAAGCACUAGUUUUAUGUCUUUUAAAAGUCAGGAUACGUUGACUGCUGAAAAAUCGAGCGUAAAUACUUCUUUGAGCAAUUUUUCUAAGAAUGAUAAUUCGGUUAUGAUUGAUGAUGAUGGAACUGAUCCGCUUGUUCAGGCAAAAUGGGAAAUAGUUAAAGCACAACUAUUUGAAGUUCCUAGAGAGCCGCGUCCACCUUAUCGUGAAUAUACAAACAAGUUGUUUGUUAGACGUCCUUGGAUGAAGAAGAAAGAUAUUGAUUAUCUUCAAAAAUUAUAUACUGACACCAAAUCUUUACUCGCUAAGAAACAAUUAAAAACACUCUUCAAUUUUGCUAAAUACAACAGUUUCACAAACGAACAAAAAAGCCGUCUUUUGAGACUUUUACCGAAUUAUGACUUAGUUCCAAUUGCGAAUGAUGAUGGUGAUCCCAUUGAUACUCCGAGGAUCGAACGAGAAUAUAUAUCUGCGGGAUUAGAUUCUUAUGAACCAGGAAUAUCUGAACCGGUCAACGAACUUGACCCCGUUAAAGUUUGUCCUCGAUUUGAUUUUUGGCUUUCAGAUUCUUUUAAAGAUGCUCGAUGGUGGUUCCAAACGAGCAUUAAAUAUGGAUAUAAUACUAAAAAUGGAGUCGAUACGCAAUGGAAUAAUUUUGAAAAAUUCAAGACUGAAGUUCCCAAGAACUGGAAGAACGAUGAAUAUGAACAAGAAUGGGGAAUUGGACUUUGGGGAAAAUUAGAGAAGAAACAGAUUGCAGGUGAUUCUGCACAAAUUUCCCUUCCUGAAAUGGCCAAAGCCCAGAUUAUUAGACUUGAUGAUACGUUAAGAUAUAAACGACAAUUUAAGAAUGUUGGGAUAACGGUCUCAAUGGAUUUGAAGGUUGUUGAUGUUAAUAAAUCAAAUGGUCAUCUGAAAUUCAAGUUAAUAAAAGAUGAACAAGACAAAAUCAUAAAUGAUAUACAUAACCCAACUCGUCUAGAAAAUGAGGUUCUAGAUUUUGAUGGCCGUGUUGCAAAGAGUUCUCGUCCCAAUGGUAAUGCCUUUAAAAACUUUAGCAUUGUAAGGUCAGAAGAGUAUACACCAAGCUUAUUUGAGGCAAGGAAAGAAUAUUGGGCAAAGCUCCAGUAA